AUGGCCGAUUCCGUCCGACAAAAUGUCGGGACCGAGGGACCGUCCCCGUCGACUAGCGCGGAAGACUCCGCGAUGCCCGCGAAGGAGACCCCAGUCUCCAAGCCGCGCAGGAAGCUGCCCGGCUGGCUGGAUCAUUUCAAUGCGCGCGAUCUGAAAGUGCUAUUUCGCUGUUCCGUGGCGGCAUGGGUCGCGUCGUUGUUAAUUUUCAUCGGCCCGUCCCUGCAGCAGAUCGGGACCGCGACCUUCUUUGCGACUUUGGUCCUAUUCAUGGUGCCUCCCACGGGUAUUGUCUUUAUCUUUAUCCUGGGAGCGCUCACUCUCAUCAUUGGCAUGGCCCUUGGCUGGGCCUGGGGUGUCAUCGCCAUGAAGGCGGCCAUGGCGGCGCGACCGGCUGCUGAGACGCAGGCCAGAAUACAGGCCCUGGGUCAAACGGCGUAUUCCCAGGCUAAAUCGACGGGAAAGCCCAUUCAACUCAUCCAGCAGGAGCUCGUCUACUCCGGAUGGAUGCUGGAUGCUCGCGUCACUGCCGUUUACUUCUGCCUCAUCUGCCUCAUGAUCUACUUCUUGGCUCGUUUGCGUGCUAAAAAUCCCAAGUUUACGCUGUUCCAGAUCUUUGGAACCAUCAUUAUGGAUAUCUUCCUGACCGUUGGUCCGCUGCUGACCUCUUUUAACGGAACCAUUGCCAAGGUCCUGAUUGAGCCCGCGGCUAUCGGGAUUGGACUGGGAUUGGCUUCCCAGAUACUCUUCUUCCCCAAGUCGACUUCUCAUACAGUUCUUGACGGUAUGGAGGGCCUUUCGCGACUGCUGAAGGGUCCACUCGAUGUGACUAUCGCCAGCCUGAUCAAGGACGAGAAAUUGGAAAUGAAAGACCUACAAAAGCUGAAGCAAAAGUCUAUCGCGGCCUACAAAAGCAUCGAGUCUGCACUCGGCUUUUUGCCGCUAGACUUCUCCGUUGGCCGUUGGAAUGCCGACGACGUCAAAAGCUUGAAGGAGCCCAUCCGUCAAGCAUCGGUGGCCGGUCUAUCCCUGCUGGAAUUUCAUAUUGCCCGACUUGGCGGAGAAGCCAAGCUGGGGAAGCUUUGUGAACUCACUGCUGACUCUGCAAAUCAAUCCGAUGUUGACUUUAACGAGAAGAAACGUCCCCGCGAAGUUGGCAUGCGCCAACUGAUGGAGAGUGUCCACAUGGUCCAGGCAAUGCGAAGCCCAGAACACGAGAGUCUGCGGUUGGAAAUGAUUGAUGCGAUUCGACAGCCCUGCCAGACGAUUUUGCCCGCGUGCCAGGAAGCGAGCAACGUUGUCGCUGAGUGUAUCAAGACCGUGAACUCUGCUCGCUGGUUUGGUCGCCCGUCUAAGCAGCAUGUAGAUGAGCUCCACCAGCGCAGCCACACGGCCCUCGAGACACUUCAGAGCCUGCGGGCAACCUAUGCAGAGGAGACAACGGAACGCCUUCUUCAGACUAAUGAAGACAUCUUCGAUGAGAAUGGCAAGCUCAAGGCCUUCGACAGCUCUUCUAUGCACAAGGUCCGAGGCAUUAUGUUUGGCAUGGUCUUUGAAGAACGCAUUCUUGGUGUUGCUGACGCCUGGGAGCGAGUACUGGGACAAGUUGAUGGCCUUAUGAAAGAGCGUCAGAAAAUCCGCCUGUGGCUUCCAAAAGGCCUGGGCUAUGCCUUCAGCUGGGUCUUCCGGAGAAGUGCCGUGGCACCCGUUGCAGCAGUCCAGUCUCCCAGCGUAGACCCUGAUGUCGUGGAAGCACAGUCUAAAGAGGCUCAGCAGGCUCUCCGAAUUAGUCGUGGAUACCGAGUGAAACAGCGCAGCGGUCUUGGACGCAUCAUCCUUGGUACCUAUCACUGGCUCAUCAGCUACGAGGGCAUGUACGCUUUGCGUAUGGUUGUCGUAACUGUUGCUCUUGCGAUUCCUGCGGUGAUUCCGUCCAGUGCCGGCUUCUAUUACCGGGAGAAAGGACUGUGGGCUCUGAUCAUGGGUCAGACUACGGUUGUCGUGUACAUGUCGGACUUUACUCUUUCCCUCGUCUCUCGUGGCAUUGGAACCAUUGUUGGCGGUGUUGCUGGUCUGGUGGCAUGGUAUAUUGGCUCAGGCAAUGGAUCAGGUAACCCGUACGGCCUGGGUGCGGUUAUGGCUGUUGUUCUUACGCUCUUGAUGUGGGGACGCAUUUUUGCUCCCGUCGCUGUGCUCCAGGCUACGAUUAUGGGUGGUGCGACAUGCAUCCUGGUCAUCGGCUACAGUUACGAUGAUACACACAUUCCCACAUAUGGAAACCCCGGCUUGGGAUACAGUGUCUUUUGGCGACGAUUGCUGCUGGUCCUCGUGGGAUCCACGGCGGCCAUGGUUGUGCAAAUCUUCCCACGGCCACCCUCUGCAACGCGACAUGUUUGCAAAUCGCUAUCAAAUGCGAUUCGAGGACUCUCCGACCAUUAUGCCCUGCUCCUCUCAUGCUGGGGCCAGCCAGAUCGUAACGAGGGCAUGGUGGCUGAACAGCUUGCACUUGACGUUGCCGAAACCCUCAGCGGACUCGACGGACCCGUUGCAUUACUGCGUCUUGAGUUCUCUAGUUCGCCCUUUGACAGCGAUCGCCUCGCCCAGGUCAAGGCGCUGUGUCAGGAGCUCAACCAGCACAUAGGCCGUCUACUCUACUUGUCAGCAUCACUACCAGAGGAACUCCAACUCCGGCUUGCGCGUCAGGCUGGCCUUCUCGAUCACCGUAACAUCGGAGACGUCAUGGCCGUCCUUGGAGUCGUCGAGCAGGCCCUCAAAACAGGCGAUCCCUUGCCCGAGGUGCUCCCAACACCACUCCUCAAACGGUGCUUCGAAUACUGGCGUUCACACCAGAUCAAUAUCAUGUUGAGCAAGGAUCUAAUUCGCGAUGAGAGCUACCGCAAGUUCUGCGUUGCAGUCAGCUCCUAUCUCAAGUUCCUAGGAGCAGUGGAUGAUUUGGUUCUGGUGAUGAAAGGCACGCUUGGGGAGGCCCAUAUUGUGAGCCGCGAAUUGAUGCAGGAUCUGCCGGCCGAUCUUCCUGGCGCAUCUGCAGUCCUCGUCUUCGGUGCUAUCGAAAGCCCCCUCGCGCAACCACGCGCCUUGGUAUUCGGGCAUUUCUUCAGCGCCUUGACAGGCCUCUGCGUCACCAAACUGUUCAGUCUCAUGCCAGACCAAGCGCGUUUCGCGUCAUUGCGCUGGCUAGCCGCUUCAUUGUCUAGCGCUAUUGCUAUCGUCGUGAUGCAACUUACCGGCACGACUCAUCCCCCGCCGGUGCUACUGCUUUGCUCCCAGCUACCGAUGAAGACAUCUGGCAACUUUCGUGGUAUUACUUGCCCGUAG